UUUUUUUUUUUGUUUUUUUUUGUUUUUUUUUUGUUUUUUUUUCUCUCCAAAUUGUGAGGUGUGACUAAUGUUUAAAUAUUAAAAACUAAAAAUAUAUUUAUUUAAUUGAGUUUGUGGAUAUCAUAAUGCCGGGAUGCGAUGUAAAAACAAGAUAUUUGCCAGCAACAUUUGCCUGGACUUUGCUACUAGUUACCACAUCAUUAUUUUUUUAUUAUCCAUGUCAAUUUUACAUGAAAAAAUAUCCAUGGGUACCUGCAAUACAAGGAAUAAUUUCGUUUUUUGUUUUGGCAAAUUUUACACUUGCCACAUUUAUGGAUCCAGGUGUUAUACCUAAAGCACCACCAGAUGAAGAUCGUGAAGAUGAUUUUCGUGCACCAUUAUUUAAAAAUGUUGAAAUAAAUGGAAUAACAGUGAGAAUGAAAUGGUGUGUUACAUGUAAAUUUUACAGACCACCAAGAUGUUCUCAUUGUAGUGUUUGUGAUCAUUGUAUAGAGACUUUUGAUCAUCAUUGUCCAUGGGUAAACAAUUGUAUUGGCCGUAGAAAUUAUAGAUUUUUUUUCUUUUUUUUAGUAUCAUUGAGUUUACAUAUGUUAAGUAUAUUUGGUCUUUGUUUAUAUUUUUUACUUCAUAAUAAACAAAAAAUUGGUGAAGUUGAAACAACAGUUGCAAUGAUACUCAUGGGUGUUGUUAUAUUAUUAUUUAUUCCAAUACUUGGAUUAACUGGUUUUCAUGUUGUUCUUGUAUCACGUGGUAGAACAACAAAUGAACAAGUUACUGGUAAAUUUAAUGGUGGAUAUAAUCCAUUUUCACGUGGAUGUUUUCAUAAUUGUUGUUAUACACAAUUUGGACCACAAUUUCCAAGUUUAAUUAAACCUAAAAAAUAUAUGAAAAAAAAUCGUGGAGCUUGUACAACUGAAAUAUCAACAAUUGGAAAUGAAAACCAGGUAAAAACCUACAUGGAUAGCAGCAAUGGUGUUAGAAAUGCCAGUUCAAAUGCUUAUAAUAAGACAACAACAUCAACGAGCAACUCUAAAUUUCCAUUGUCACCUGGAAGAGAUGGUUCCGAUACAGACAUGGAACCAACAGCAUCACAAUCAGCUGAUUGUGAACCAACACCACCACUUCAAAGACAUGGAUCAAAAAGUAAUUUUUUUCUUCCACCAGUUGAUGGUAAUGAUUCACCAAGACAUCCACAAUCACAAAAUCGUCAUCCAGUACAUUAUCCAAGAGGUAGUCCACAUCCAAGGCCAAGGGGUAUGAAUGGUUCACGAAGUCAUACACCAGAUGGUUUAUCACCGGAAGGAAAUGGAUCACCAGCUGGUGGUCAACAAAGAGGUCAAGGUCAAGGUGGUGGUGGAGGUGCUAGUCCAACUAUGCAACAACGAAUCAAAGCAAUAGGUGUACCCACACCUCUUGCACUUUCCAGUCCAAUUCGCAGAUCAAAUCCAGGUACACCAACACAAGUACGUCGACCAGAUUACAUUGGUGUAAAUGAAACACCAACUUACUAUGACAUACAGCAUCAUAAUAAUAUGAUGCAUCCUGGUAGUAAUGGUAUUGGUAUACCAGGUUACAGUCCACAACGACGUUUUUUAUCUGAAAGUGAAUUAAUUAGAGCAAAUGAACAUCAUUGUGCAUCACGUACAAAUAAUACAUCAGAUAAUAUUCGUGAAUUAGCUGGUUCACCACAAAGAGGUGUUUAUAUGUGGAAAGAUAAUUCACCAAUUGGUUAUACAGGACAACAAAUAACUGGUUUACCACCAACACAUCCAGGUAUACCAAUGCAAAGACAACAGUUACAACAACAACAACAACCAAAUCAACCACAACCACCAACAUAUGAUUAUUAUUGUUCAAAUCCAACAAGUCCAAUGCAACAGCAUCAACAACAACAACAACAACAAUUAUAUAGUGGUAAUAAUCAACGUGUUGCAUAUCAUCCAGCAACACGUGGUGGUGUUGCUGUAUUUCCACCUCAUCAAUCACCACAAGUUAAAAGAAAACAAUCAAUGAUAACACCAACAACACCAACAUCAACAUCAAAUGAUACUAGAAGACGACCAAUGUCAUUUGUAAGAGCAUUAGAAAUGACUGAUUCAAUGGAAAUGGUUACAGCACCAAGUGAUAAUAAUAAAUCACAAACACAAAGACCAACAACACCAACAAAUAAUGAUCGUACAAGUGUUUAUGAUAUGAACUAUGAAAUAUCAGUAUAGCCAAAAAAUUAUAAUAUCAUUAAAUCAUUAUAUGAUUAUUAUAAUUUAUGAUGAACAAUUUUUAUAAAUUAAGUAUAAAAUUUUUUGUGCUCGAAGUUGAUGUUUAAAGUAUGUAUUUUUUUUUUUUUUUUCUUGAGUGUUUAGUUAAUGUUUUGGCUGAAAAAAAAAAGAUAAUAAUAAUUGUGAAAAUUAGCGUAUUUUUAUUUGAUAUUAAAUUUUUUUUUUCUAAGAAAAAAAUUGCAAAAAUAUUAUAUGCAAUAUUUUGAGUCGUAAAAAAGUUUGUCGUUUGUAAUAUUUUUUUUUUUUUUUUCGGGCAAUGUGUGAAAGAUGUGCAUAUGUGUGUAUGAAUUAAUUUGAGUAUAAAAAAAUUAUUAAUAAAUAAAAUUAAUAACAAAGUCCAAGUAGGAAAAAACAUUGUAUAUUGUAUAUUCAUUUUAUUUUUUAUUUUUAAAUUAAUUAACUUAGAUAUUAAUUGUAAUAUUUUUAUUUUUUUUUUCUUUUUUUUUCUUCUUCGAAAAAUAUCAAUUUAAAAAACAGUUUAGAUUUUUAUACAAAUGUCAAAGUAAUUUUAUCAAUAUUAUGCACGCUGUUUACAACGAUUGACAUUUUUUGUUGUUUUUAUUUUUUGUCAUGUCUUAUUUAUUUAUGAUUUUUUUUCUUUAUCUUCAAAUAGUACAAUUAACAUGACUUGAUUACUAAAAAAUAUCAAAUAAAUAAAUGCAAAAAUAAAAUAAUUUUCUAAUAAAAUAUACCAGAAAGACUUUUAUCAAUUUUGUUUAAAUAAAUUAACUCGAGUCAUUAACGAGAAUUUUCUUGUGCAAGGAAUAAUUGUUAAAUGUAUAAAAAAAAAAAUGAAAAACGAAUUUAACAUAUAUGUUUAAUAAUAUUUAUACGUAAAAAAUAAAUUUAGAUAAAAAAAAUUAUGAGAAAAUAAAAUUUUAAAUCUCACACAAUUAUUGAGAUUAAUAUUAUUAUUAUUUUCUUAUUAUAAUUUUUAAUUUUGUUUAAAUUUAUAAUUGGUAUUUGUCAAUGUUCACUAAUACCGUUUUUGCAUUUUAUAUUUAUAAAAAAAACAAUUCAUUCGUAUACACAUAUUUGAUGUUAUUAAUUAAUUUUUUUUUUCGUCAUGUUUUUAUUGCUUAAUAUAUAUAAAUAUAUAUAAUAUAUUUUUGUUCUUGAUUUUCGUACGAUUGAAUGUAUAAAAUGAAUGAUAAUUUAAUGAUUAGAAAAUAUUAAUAUUUCCAAUAACGUGAAAGUAUAAAUGAAUUUAGUCAAACGAGAUGGCAAAAAAUAAUGAAAUGAUUAAUUACAUCAAAAUUAAUUCAAUGAAAUGAAUGGAAAAAAUAAUAAUAAUAAUAAUACAUUGUAAUAUACAGGAUAAAUUAAUUUCUAUAUUGAUAUCAAUGCUCAUUGUUACAUGAAGAAUUCCAUUUCUUCCUUUCCUUAAAUAGUUGCUUCAUUUUAUUUUUUGUUUCGAUAGCUAAAACUUUGAUUCAAUGGUAAUUAUAUUAUUUAUGUAAAUGAAAAAAAAAAAAAAAAACAAGAAAUAUAUGUACAAAAAAAAGACUUCAUGUACCAUAAUUGUGUUCUAUUUUUUAGAACUGUCGAUAAAUUUUUUCCAUGUAUUCACCGAUAAAUAUUCCGUAUUUUAUUGUUUUCCUUGUCGAUAAAAAAAAAAAAAAAGAUUAAAAUAUGUAUCAAUAAAUUUAAUUAAGCCAAAUGAACAUCAAUAAAAAAAGGAAUAAAUAUUAAUAAAAAUGAUUAAAUC